UAUAUGGUGCUAUUUAUGGCACUAUUUGUUAUCGGUUUGGGAAUAUUGGAAGAGUAUUUUUGGAGAAGUAUAUGAAUCGAUAAAAACUUUUAGAUUUUAUGAUUAAAACUCUUCCAUCUGGAUGGGUUGCCGCAUUAUUCGUAGGCUUACACUUUGCACUUCUUGUUAUGAUGAUAACUAGCACUAUAGUAGAAUGGUAGUAUUGCAUUUUAUUGGGAGUGCUAUCAGUGAUUUGGCACAUGGUUAUGGUUUAUGCAAGAAAGGUAAACGAGUAUAAUUUAUAUCUAGUUACUUAAAUUUUCAUCCGUUUUGGUGUAUGGAAUUGCUGCAAGAUUUGGCAUCUACACUGCAUUUUAUAUAUUAUUUUUGAACAUCAAAAUAGGUUGA